GUUUAAUCUAGACUGCUCAAGCGACCUUGAACCGUCUUGUGAAAGCGUUUAAUCCCGCUCUUUAUCUAAAUUCCUUUCUCUUCAGGUGCAGUUCAUCACAUUGCGGCAUCGAACUAUUAUACCAUGCUUGAACACGUUCGCAUUCACCCUCUAUGUGGAGCGUGUAGCUAUGCAUUCAUACCCGGUGAUGAGGUUAUUUCUCUCAUUAAGAGACUCGAUAACAAGAUUGAAGCCACCUACCCAGCGAGUAAAUAUCUAGAUUCCUUGUAUUGCCAUCAGUCGAAUCCACAUCGGAUGUUUUGUCGCCUCCCCGAUUGCAUUCGUUGCGCCUCUGCCAAGCAGGCCGUAACAGUACAUAAGGACUGCUUGGAACUCUUUGAGCGCGCUCAUAUAUCUUCGGAUACGCUUUCUUGUCUGUGGACCAUGGCAACGUGGAGAAGUCCUUGGCAUGAUGCUCCUAUUCUGCACUUGGCCCCAUCCUCUACUACUGAAAUUAAGGAAUAUAUACGCCGAGCAGCUGAAGAAUGGAAAUUGCCCGGCCUGGAGUCGUUGCCCAUGGAAUUAGAUCUUCUCAUUUAUGAGCAACUUCCCCAAAGCUGCUUACGGCGAUAUAUAUCUUUAUGGACUGUGGCCCGAUGGUGGAUCUUUGAGUAUAACAGGAAGCUACUGACUAUUUCUAUUAACGAAAUUGAAAAGUGGCACCGAGGCACACGACCGACUAUACAUAUGCAAGCUGAAACUAACGAACACAACGGUGAUAAGUCGUUUAUACGUCUCUCUGUUGACUCACAAGGGUUGCGAAGCAUCGAAAGGUUGAAGCCGGGCUCUGCCAACAACGGCUUGCUUGAAUCUAACCCCGCUUUGUAUAUUGUUGAAGCCGCUGAGUGCUUCUCUACUGCAUCAAUAGAGUAUAUGUUUCCCUUUGCACGGCUUCAACUUACUGGUGGACUUGAAGAGAAUUUUCGCAUCUGGGAUACGCCUUCGCCUCCAGAUUGGAAAGAUUGCGUGAUAGAUUAUAAGUAUACUCGCACAAAAAGCUAUCUUUCUACUUUGAAUGCACGUACCUGCAAUGGCAUAACAUUUUUUACUUGUUGUAAUAUGAUAUGGGCUAUCCAUGCGCAUACAUCAGCUCAGCCAUCUGCUCAAAGUACAUUCAAGACCCUAAACCCUAAACAACAAGCUGUUGCCCAGUGGGUUUAUGUCCCUAUUAGUUCUGGAGAUUUUAUUACAGCUUUUGGCUGGAGUUACACUGAUAAUCAGGCGCGCUUUUUUCUACGCCUUAAAUUAGCUGGAGAAGUAGUUGUUGGAUCUACCAGCAAUAUAACAGCCGAAAAUAUCCAGCUAAUUAAACAGCCAUCUAUCCUUAUAUAUGAAAGACCGGAUAGCCAGAAGAUAACCUUUGUAGGUGGCGUUGCUGAACCUACUAUAUCUUUUGAAAUACCUGCUUUUAUGCCUUUCAAUUACAGACGUACGCCAUUCAUAUCCGCCAACUACUCAUCGGCUCCUCUUUUUAACGUUUGUCGCACUCACAUUUAUCAUGAGGCGGGCACCAAAACGUGUCGAGGUAUUCUAGUAGAGUACUUGGAUGGAUCGAAACGAGCCCUUGGGCACUGCAGAGUGGGCAUUGACCAAACCGAAGUAUGUAUAGAACCUGGACAAUUGUGCUACGCACCCACUAUUUCAGCCAAUCCACGUUCAGGCCUAAGGCAACAAUCAGUGCAGGUUGUUAUCUCUAAAGAGAAUGCUCAUGAACAUGAUGGACCAGACUGGAUAUGCUGUGCAAUGAAGGGUGUUCUGGGAUUUUGGUUCAAUCAUAAUGAUACUCAAAUAGAGGUAUAUUAAGGGGUUGUGGCUGUUGUUAAAUAUUCAACUUGCAAACUUCUUAUCCCCCCCCUUUUUUCCCUUUUUUUCCCUUUUUUCUUCUUUCUUUCUUUUUCUUUCCUUUCUUUCUUUCUC